AUGCAUUUCAUCAAGACCAUCGUCUCCGUCUUCGCCCUCUCCAGCUUCACCGCUGCUCAGGUCCACGGUGAGGAGCUGGAGGCUGCCCUCGCUGCCCGCAACGUCGCCUACGAGGACCUUCUCUUCGCUCGUGACGAGUACAUAGAGAAGCGUGAGCUCUUCAAGCGCCUUCCUAGCCCCGGUUCCUGCAAGGGUAUGGGCAUGCCCGGCGAGAAGACAUUCACUGUCUGUUACAGGAACAGUGACGGCCGCCCCUGUGGUGAUUGCCACAAGACUGCUCAUCGCGGCCAGGGCUGCCUUUGCAAGCGGUAA